UCAUUGCAACAAUAGGUGGCAGCAUUGACUCAGAGUAUUUCUGCAAUGCAAGGAUGACGAUUGAAAUUUCAUCAUACUAUGUGUGUGUGAGGAAGCCAAGUUGUAGUAGUGGGGAGAGAGCAGUUGGGCCGAAAGAUGAGCACUGAGCUUUUGACUCGCUCUGAGGUGUUCAGGCAGCUCAGGAAUGAGCUAUAUGGAGAGGAUCAGUCAAGUCAUUCCGGCACGCACACAUUUAUUAUCCUAGGAGCCUCCGGAGAUCUUGCUAAAAAGAAGAUCUAUCCAACUUUGUGGUGGUUGUUCAGAGAUGGCCUGCUGCCAGAUAACACUUACUUUGUGGGGUUCUCCCGGUCUAACCUGACUGUGGAGGACAUCAAGACAGCAUGUCUGCCUCAUAUGAAGGUCACGGAUGAAGAGAGCGAGUGUCUCUCAGCCUUCUUCAGUAAGAACUCCUACCUGAGUGGCAGGUAUGAUGACGGCAGCUCCUUCAACCAACUCGAUGCCCAUCUGUCAUCUCUGCCUGGGGAUACCGAUGCCAACCGUCUGUUCUACCUGGCCCUGCCACCCACCGUCUACCACCAAGUCAGCACAAACAUCAGGACCCACUGCAUGAGCCGCAAAGGCUGGAACAGGCUAAUUGUUGAGAAGCCGUUUGGUCGUGACCUCCAGAGUUCACAGGACCUGUCAGCCCACCUGUCCUCCCUGUUCACAGAGGACCAGAUCUACCGCAUAGACCACUACCUGGGCAAAGAGAUGGUCCAGAACCUCAUGGUGCUCAGGUUUGGAAACCGUAUCUUUGGACCUAUAUGGAACAGGGACAAUGUGGCCUGUGUUGUUCUCACCUUUAAGGAGCCUUUUGGCACUCAGGGCCGUGGAGGAUACUUUGACGACUUUGGAAUCAUUCGAGACGUCAUGCAGAACCAUCUUCUCCAGAUGCUCUGUUUGGUUGCAAUGGAGAAACCUGCUUCCACCAGCCCAGAUGACGUGAGGGAUGAAAAGGUGAAAGUGUUGAAGUGUAUAGCUCCUGUUGCCUUGUCAGAUGUGGUGCUCGGCCAGUACGUAGGGGACCCUGAGGGGGAGGGCCACUCCAACCUGGGUUACCUUGAUGACCCCACUGUACCAAAAGGCUCCUGCACACCAACUUUUGCCACUGCAGUGCUCUAUGUUCAAAAUGAAAGAUGGGAUGGAGUUCCUUUCAUUCUGCGCUGUGGUAAAGCUCUGAACGAGCGGAAGGCAGAAGUGCGUCUGCAGUUCACUGACGUGCCAGGAGACAUAUUUAGUGAACGUUGUCAGAGGAAUGAGCUAGUGGUGCGAGUGCAGCCGGAUGAAGCCAUUUACCUGAAGAUGAUGACCAAGAGGCCUGGGGUUUACUUCAGCCCAGAGGAGACGGAACUGGACCUCACCUACAAGAGCAGAUACAAGAAUGUGAAGCUCCCAGAUGCCUAUGAGAGACUGAUACUGGAUGUCUUCUGUGGAAAUCAGAUGCACUUUGUCCGCAGUGAUGAGUUGCGGGAGGCCUGGAGGAUCUUCACCCCCCUGCUUCACCAGAUAGAGGCAGAGAAGACGCAGCCUACACAGUACACGUAUGGAAGUCGUGGUCCAAGCGAGGCCGAUGAUCUCGUGAAGAGGGUGGGAUUCCGCUAUGAGGGAACAUACAAGUGGGUGCAGCCCCACACAACAUGAUGCCUACUGUUACGCACACAUGCAAACAAACUCAUGAAUACGUUAACAGUGACAUAACAAAGUUUACAGACAAUGUUUACUGCAAUCUUUCACCUCUGUGCCAUUGAUUGAUUUUGUCGGCAUGUACAAAGAAAAACACAGAUUUUGUCUCGAAUCAGAGAAUGGAUGUGGAAAUGUACAAUUGGAGCCUGGUUUGAGUGUUCACCUGGAAAUUUAACAUUUCUAAAUAAAUCAUCAUUCACUCUA